AUGUCGGAGAACAUCAGCCUACUCGACCUCCUUAACUUAUCCAUCGGGUAUCCUCAGGAGGCAAAUGUCAACUUCGCCGCCUUGCACACGCUGCUGCUGGCCAUGCUGAGGCAGCUGGACCUCCGGGAGGUGAGGACCCGCUGGAGGGACGCUCCCACAGGUGACCCUCCGGCGGGUGUCACCGCUCCCUCACCAGAGGAGCAACAACGACCAGCUCAGAAAGAAAUGAGCGGGUCACAGCAGGAGGUUCAGCCCGGCACCGAGCUCCAGCAACGGUCAGCGUCUCCUCCACCUCCGACCCACGCUACCUCCGGCGUUGCAGCAGCCGGGUUCCAGUCCCGCAUCCAGAGCUGCGAGGACGGUGUGAGCAAGGCUAUGAAGAUCAUUGGUGAGCUUCAUGGUGAGAAAAACAACUUGAAGGACGAGAUCAAGGAGCUGCGACAACAACAGAAGAUGUUCUGUGUUCAGAGUGAAACAGCAGCUGCAGUGGAGAAGUGCUGCCACCGUGUGGACGCUCUGGAACAAGCUGUGGAGUCUCUGAGGGACUCUGUUCAGAAGAAUCCAGAUCCAGAGGACCUCAGUCAGUUUGUCACCCGGGAGGAAUUCCAGUCAGUGCUGCUGAGUGAGAGACAGAACCUCGGCAAGUGGUCUGGUUCUCGGGACGCGUCGACUCACCUGAUGCAUCAGCUGAACCAGCACAGAGCUUUAAUCGACAGCCUGCUGAGUGACAGGGAGAAGCUGGACCACCUGGAGGACAUGCUUAUGAACCGAAAGAGCCGAGACAGUGAAACCGGCUCGGAGGCAGCUUCAGAAAGCGUGGAAACAGACAGCAGAGAAUAUCAGGAACUCAGUCGGCAGGUGUCCUACCUCAGGAGGUCUGUGCAGAAGCUGGAGGCGGAUUUGGAGCAGCUGAAGGUUAAACAGGGUCAACGUGAGGAGAAAACUGCAGAUCAACACUUCCAAGAUCAGCUGAAUGAUCUGCGGGGCUCGUUGGAGGAAGUGAUGCAGAACCUGAUCCCUCAGCUGUCCGUCAGCCUCCAGGACGAGGCAGGACAGGAACAGAGAGAUGACCGAGCAGAGAGUUCAUCUUCAACCAGCAGCUCGGUGAAGGUUGAAAGGCAGCUCAGUUCUCUGUUACAACACUACGAUCAGCUGCAGGACCAAGUGAACAGAAUGAACCAGCAGCAGAGUGAAGGCAGAGCAGGAACACUGCAGGACACACAGGAAAGACAGCUGAACAGGAUGGAGUUGGACUCAGUGAAGAAGCAGCUGGAGGAUCUUUGGAAGAACAUCCAGGAGAAGUUUCAGGCUCAGGAGGCCCCAGAGCACGAGGACGCUGCCGGGUUCAGGAAGCAGCUGGUGGAAAGAUUUCGCUGCCUCUCCUGCGACCGGCCGAUAGUCAAACAAACCCCCGGACCCCGGAAACCAGGAACGAACCGCUACAAGUUUGAGGUGUGUAGCUUAGAGAGGAGGAGGCAGUCGCUCAAGAGGCUGACAAAGAGCUUAGAGGAGCAGAAGCAGAACCCAGCUGAAGGCCAGCACGAUCGCAUCUCUGAGCUGACAGACUUGGGUCACUUGGUUGUGUCUCGGAGCUGUGGGGGGAGUCACACCAACACCUGGACCAACCAGAGACGCAGCAACCUGCUGAAGCACCACGGAGCAGCCGAGGAGGACGCCAAGAUCCAGUCGGAGGAGGUGGAUAUCGUCGGACAGGACGGUCACAUCUACAAAGGUCGACAGAACAUCUCGACCUCAAGGAACGCAGAAACUAAACUACCUACAAUCUCCACCAAAGACGCUUCAUCUAAGACCGAAGAUAAAUCCAGAACUUCACCGUCACACAAACCUGCUGCUUCUCCGGAGACUCACCAACCCCUCAGUGCCAGAGCCAAUCCGGGCAGCCGCUCAGCCUCCAGCCUGUCGGGUCGUGAUUGGCCGGUUUCAGCUCUCGGUUGUGCGUCUCAGAGCUCCAGCAGCAGUUCAGAGCGUCACAGCAGCGAACCUCUCGGCCUGUAG